CUUCUUGAGUAAGAUGUAAUGCAAAUGAACAAGAUUGAUCAUCUCGACAAUUUUCUAACUACUCGCUCUCCUGAACAAUACAAGGUGACAUUAUAUAUAUGUUGAUAUAGCAGGUGGUGCUAGUGCUACGACUAGUCAGAGCAACUGUCCAGCGUCCAACAAGAGAAGUCAGAGAUGGCACCACGCACAUCGACGUUUGUUUUUGUGGCCUUAUGCCUUGCUGGAACGACGAGUGUAGAGGCGCGAAUAACGAAGAACCUGCUGCAUUCCAAGAAAGCAGUUUCCAAGGCGCUCACCGAUAAGGUCUCCUUCAACGGAGAGGAAAUUUUCGGCUCUGACCUUGGUGCCGGCUCGAAAGAAGUGGGGAAAUGCUACAAAACGAGUCGACAAGAACCACUGAGCAGCGUGCAGGUGUGCGGUGUCAACAUGAAGGCGGUCGUAUACCUGCCGAACGAUUGCGAGGACAAGGAUCCGCAUAAUGUGGAGGUACCUAGAAGCACUGCUUCUUCUGCUUUUUGUUCGCAUCGCAGUAAUCGCAUUAGCAUAAAUCGCUUUUUCUUUGACAUCAAUUCAAAGAGAGUCAAAAGUUAACAACAAAACAUUGGUAGGCACCGCUUGUCAGUCGUUGGUAAGAACUACAUCUUCAUGGUUCUUCGCGACAGUUUUCUUGCUCUGGAGAAGCACAAAACUGCAGCUUCAUACUUUGAUCCCCAUCACAACUUCCUGCUUCUUUUUGAUGGCUGAAAGCGCACUCCUCGUCCUCGGUUGUUAACAGACGAACAUUCAUUUCCUUUCAGUACAAUUAUGAACAAAGUAAUGAAGGUCCUCCAUGAGGCCAAUCUUUGAUCGCGAAUAAAAUAGGUCGGCGUUUGCGACGCCGGACAGAGCAGCCAAACGUGCGUUUCGGUGACGAGUGAUAAGAAGGGUGAUGCAUAUUGGAUCGACUCAGCGCUAUCCUACAAGAUCGUUCCCUGCGAUGUGCAGGGAGAGGCAUCGACCGAUGACGCUGGCCCAAUCGCCCUGGAUGGCGGUAACUCCACUAACAGCACGAUGCUCCUCUAAGAUGAUCAUAGGUCGUAAGCAGGAACUACUGUAUGCAUAGGUACGUACAUCAUCAGAGUUAGCUGGUGAUGAAAAUGAAGAUAACAUUGUAGAAAGUAGUGAGAGUGACACCAUCUGACUUCAUGUAGCAGCACGGGGUGUAGCACGAGUCAGAUAUACAAGCUUUUCUUCUAUUUUUUUCCGUUCGUUACGCCUUGAAAUCAGAUUUUUUAAAAUCGUGGAACAGCAACGUGUAGAUCGAGAUACGAUAAAAAUGAAUAGACUACCAGUUUUAAUUUGAGUUUCCUGUUUCAUUGUGUUUUCCAUUUUACAAGUUUUGCGAGACCGCUAUUGAAAUGUUUCCAGUUUUGCUCUCCCUGAUAUCCCGUUAUUGUGUUUCCUACCGUAAUGGUUGAGUUCCAUACGCAUGUUGGAACUCAACAGGUGAUCAAUAUAAGCCAAAUUACCUUCGCUUGUUGCAGCGACCUAUCCCAAAAAAGGAUGAUGUGGUCGGUGGACACUGCAGGCGGCAAAUGCAGUGGGCGAACCCACAGAGCUUGUUGUCAUGGAGGGAAUAGAGAGAGAGAGAGUCUGUCAUUCAAAA